CCAGCCGGAAACCCCGGACAGCCUGGAGGACCUGGACAACCUGGAAACAACGCUGCAUCGAUCCCAGCCACUCCAGGACUGCCUGGACCACCUGGACCUCCAGGAUCUGCUGGACCUCCCGGAAACGACGGACAGCCCGGAAACCCUGGAGGAGCUGGCCAGCCCGGACCCAAGGGUCCGCCUGGAGGCAACGGACAGCCUGGCCGUCCAGGAAACCCUGGCCGUCCAGGAGAACCAGGACGAGGAGCCACUCCUGGAGAGCGCGGUAUCUGCCCCAAAUACUGCGCCAACGACGGCGGUGUUUUCUUCGAGGAUGGAACUCGCCGUUAA